UUAAUGUAAGAAUUUUUAUUUACACUUCUUUUUGCUCAAGGCUAAUUCUGCCUAGGUAAAGUCAAAAUCAUUAAAGUGUGGCUAAUAGGAGAUUUUCUAAUAUACACUCCAGUCAAUUCUGUUCCCUCAAAUUCUCAAGUGGAUUUGUGAAGGCAUCAAGAUGCUCACUCCAAUGAUGCAGAUCAUAUAGCUCCCCCAUAUUUGUUCAUAUCAUGCAAAUCUUAUCCAUGUACUUUUUAAAAUUUCAAUUUUAUUUUCAGUUCUGUUCCCCUCCUCCUAUCUCUCCUUCCCAUACCCUUUAAAAAAAAAGCAAAAAAAAAAAAAAAAAAAGAUCAAAAGCUGUUACAAAUAUGUAUCAACCAAAACAAAUUCCCACACGUCAUGUUUCUGUGUGUAUGUUAUAUCUGUAUAUUAAUCUGCACUCUGAGCCCAUUGCCUCUCCCUCUGGAGAUGGGUAACAUAUUUUGUCACAAAUAUUCUGGAAUUGUAGUUGGUCAUUGUAUUGAUUAGAACUCCUACAUUUUUCAAGGCUGAUUAUCUUCAUGAUAUUGCUGUUAGUGUAUUAAUUGCUCUCCUGGUUCUUCUCACUUUACUUGGCUUCAGUCCAUACAAUUCUUCCCAGGUUUCUCUGAAAUCAUUCCUUUUAUCAUUUCUUGCAGAACAACAGUAUUUCAUCACAUUCAUAUUGCCAUCCUCAGUUUCUAAUUCUUUGCCAUCACAAAAGAGGUCAUAUAAAUAUUUUUGUAGAUAAAAGUCCUUUUCUUCUUUGAUCUCUUUCAGGAAUAGACAUAUUAGCAGCAUUUCCCAGUUUAAAAGUAUGCAUAAUUUAAUAGUUUUUAGGACAUGAUUUCUCCAACAAUACAUUAGUGUAUCUAUUUUUCCAGUCUUUCAAACAUCUGUUAUAUUCUUUUUUUUUUUUUUUUGCCACCUUUACCAAUAAGUGUGAAGUAGUUGCUUUAAUUCCCAUUUUGUUAUUAGUGACUUAGGGGAUUUUUUUCAUAUUGUCUUUUUUUUUUUUUUGUCAAAGGGAAUCCACUCACUGUUCUGGAAUUUUUAUUUUUUCUCGACAUUAGUCAAUCAAUAAAUACUUAUUAGACAUUUACUAUGUACCAGUCACCAUACUAAUCACAGGGCAAAUAAGAAAAAUAUAGUCACUGUCCUUAAGGAACUUACAAUCUAAUGGGAGAAAAUGACAUAUAAAAGAAAGCUGAAAAGGCAAGGAUUUUGACACAGGAUUAUGGGGGAGAAGUCAAAGAAGUACAAAACCAGUGCUACUGGAGGAGUCAAAAAAGUCCAAAAUGAAUACAGCCAGGUGGGGAAAGAGGAAGAUGUCUACCCUGCCCUCUCUUCUUAAGUGGAAGAAUUUUUGGCUUAAUCCUCCAAAUUGGAGGGACAGAGGGUACUGAUGAAGUAUGAGUAACAAAGUUGAUGGAAUCUUGCAAGAUGAUAUUAGCAUGAGGCCAGCCCUUUUCUUCCUACUAUAGUCAUUUCAUUGUAGUCUCGUUUUUCUUUCUUGUCUUCUGGAUUAUUUUAAUUUUCAACUUUUCAGAAACUUAUCAUUCAAGUCCUAAUUAUCACCCAAGAAGCCCGAUUUCCCUCACUGACAAGUGAAAAAUCAUAAAACCCAUUGUAUUUAGCUGACUUCAGAGCAUCAGGCCAUGCUUCCAAACUUGAUGGCAGUCAUCUAAUUGCCAAUUUCCCUGCUGCUUCACAGACUCUUCCUUCUAUCCUGUAGCUUUCCUCUUGUUCUGGGAAAUGUAAUCAAAGCAAUAUCGCCAUUGCUUCUGAAAAGGGGGUAUCAAUCAUUUACCCUAAGGCUCCAUUAUCUAUCUUUGUGACUUCUCAGACCAAAGUACCUCCCUAGCCACCUCUUCUUUGUAGGUUUUAUUUACCCCUGAUAAAUAAAUUCCUUGAAAGCAGGGAUCAACUCUUUUUUGUAUUUGUAUUUUUAGGGUUAACACAGUACCUGGCACAUAGUAGAUACUUAAUGUUACUGACUGAUUCACCAUCCGCUUUUUCCACAAUCUGUUCUAAAAUGUUUCUAGAAAUCUACGUCAAUCUCGGUGGUCUAUUCACAAAUUUUGUCUUUUCCCCUUUUUUGAAAAUCUAGACAUUACUCCUUUCCAGUCUGGUGGCAUCUUCCUCCUUUUUCACGCUUUCAAAUAUUAGUGGCAAUGUUUCAUCAAUCAUAUCAAUCUUUCAAUCAAUAAGCACGUGUCAAACACCUGCAGGAACCCGGGCCACCAAGUAGGGCAACUAGGUGUUCCUUUCCCAGCUCUUUACUGAAUCUUGGACAUAACCUCCCCAUUUACUGAGCAAGCGUUCCUUGCCGGGAAAGAGCUUCCGUCCUACUGGAGAGCUUCAGCACCCAGGCCUAAUGGCAAGCGUCAGGGGUUGGGAGGGUUAGGACAACGUUCCAGGCUUGAGUGGCAGGCUGCAGGUACGGAUGCUGGGAGGCAGGAAGAAGCUCCACCAUUCCAUGGGCUCCAAAGGAAACCGUGCUCACGCUCCUCAGCUAAAUCGAGGGGUUUUGUCUCUUCGUUUCCUCCCUCCCAGAGUGCUACGCUGAGAAUAGUCCGGGGCGGGAAGGCUGAGGCUGGGUUUUUGUGCCGCGAGUUUUGAGCAGAAACCAACGACAACAACAACAAAUCCUUAGGUUUCACAGGACAACGAUAUCUAUGUCCAUCCCUCGGACCUGCCCCGGGUGCAAACCCGAGGCCGUCCGGGAUACAGCAGGGGGCGCCGGCGGCUCCCAAAGGCCAAGACUAGGACUCGAUCGAGGCCAGACGCCGCAGCCUAGCGUUCCGGGUCGGGGUGGAGGUCGCCCACCUAAUCCCACUGCUCGCUAAACCCCAUCCCGACAGGAGGUGUCCCCCGGUCUCCCGCCUUCUCCCGCUCCGGCUCCGCCCUCUGCCUCUCCAGCUCCGCCCCACUGCCCAGCCCCGGCCAAGCUCCGCCCCAUGGCCGGCCCGGCUCCGCCCUUUCGCAGACCCAGCCCAGCCCGGCCCCCCGCCCGCGGGUGACGGGUAACGGUUACAAAGCAUUUUCUCCCGCCGCCGUUUUUGCUUAGUCAUUGCCUUCCAGGAAACAGAAGCUCCCGCGAGCCAGGCCCAGACUCCCGCGGCUAAGGCUCCGGUCCCGGUGACGGUCCCAGUCCUGAGGCUGCAGCGGCCGCUCCCGCCAUCCGCGCGGCCUCCCUACGGACCCUCCCCUCGCUCCGUCCCCUCCCUCGGCUCCUCUGGGUAGCGCUCGCAGACCCUUCCUCCGCCCCCCGCCGCUCUCCGGGUGGCCCGAACUCAGCCCGCGCCGGGCUCCGGCGGGCCCCAAAGCCUCCGCCAUGGGCACGGACAGCCGCGCCGCCGGGCUCCUGCUGCGCCAGGCCAGCACCCUGCACCUGCAGACCGGCAACCUGCUCAACUGGGGCCGCCUGCGGAAGAAGUGCCCGUCCAGCCACCGCGAGGAGCUACGAGAUUGUAUUCAGAAAACCCUGAAUGAAUGGAGCUCCCAAAUCAGCCCUGAUUUAGUUCGUGAGCUGCCAGAUGUCUUGGAAUGUACUGUAGCUCAUGCAGUAGAAAAGAUAAACCCUGAUGAAAGAGAAGAGAUGAAAGUUUCUGCAAAACUGUUUAUUGUAGGAUCAAACUCUUCAUCAAUGAGAAGUGCAGUUGAAAUGGCAUGCUCUGCUCUGGGAAUUGCUCAGCUGGAUUCUGUGAUCAUUGCUUCACCCCCUGUUGAAGAUGGAGUUAAUCUUGCCUUGGAGCAUCUACAGCCUUAUUGGGAAGAACUAGAGAACUUGGUUCAGAACAAAAAGGUCGUGGCCAUAGGGACCUCUGACCUGGACAAAGCCCAGUUGGAGCAGCUAUACCAAUGGGCACAGGUAAAGCCAAAUAGUAACCAAGUUAAUCUUGCCUCCUGCUGUGUGAUGCCACCUGAUUUAACAGCAUUUGCUAAGGAAUUUGACAUCCAGCUAUUAACGCAUAAUGAUCCCAAAGAAUUGCUUUCUGAAGCAAGUUUCCAAGAAGCUCUUCAGGAGAGUCUCCCCGACAUCCGAGCAAAUGAGUGGGUUCCCCUGUGGGUACUUCGAUAUUCAGUCAUUGUUAAAAGCAGAGGAAUUAUCAAAUCAAAAGGCUACAUCAUCCAGGCCAAAAGAAGAGAUUCUUAAUCUUUCAUUGGACAGCCUACUGAUUUUACACAGCAAAAAAGUAAUUUUUUUCAAAUCAAAAAUUCCUAAGAUAUAAAAACCAAAAGUUAUAAACUUUAAAUUGGGUCAGUGAGGCAAAGAAUCUAGUCAUGGUUUGACACAGGAUGUUUUCAGGUACUGUAUGCUCCUGUCUCUAGACCAGUUCACUCACAUAUGAAACAUUGUAUUGUUUUCAUUAAACUAUUGUUUUCUAAUAGAAAUUGUCUAUAAAAAAUACUUACAAUAUAGUCUUUAUUUUUAUGACUAAUAUAAAUCAAGAAAAUUGUUGCUAGAUAUAUUUUGGCCAUAGGCAUCAGGGUAAAAUAGAUAUAGAUAGAUUUUUUAUUAACCAAGAAAAAUUCAUUAAUUCUUAAGGCCACAAGGAGGUUUAAGUGUAGUUCAAAAACUAAAACACUGGAGAAGUUUUUUUAUAUCACUAAUUAAAAUUUCAUCUCAAAAUAAAUAGAGUAGCUGGACUCUGCUAUACUAUAGAUUUUUUUUUUUUCCUUUUCAAUAUUUGGUGAAAAUUUAACAUUUUCUCCUUGGCACUAUGACCCUUAUAAAUAAGCUAUAGUGAUUUAGCCUUGUUUGUGUGCCAUAUUUCUUCUCAUUUGUGUUUCUUAUAAAAAUAAACCAAUGUAACUGAAAAGAAACUGGUAGCAUUUUUUUUUAACACAAAUGACUAAGUUUUUUGGAAAACAACAAUCAGUCAGCUCCUGAUAAUCUUUACACCUCUUGAGCCAUCCUGAAAAGUAGGCUGUUCUCAGUCAGCUGAGUAUAUUAUGUGCCAAUGCCUAUUAAUGAUCACCACUCCACUGUUAGUGUAAAAGACAGCCUAGAAGAGGUGACAAAGCCACAAAUGGGAUUUUUAAAAUACCCUUAAUUCAGAGCCAAAGUUGUACUUAGUAAUUCUUUAAGUAUAAUCCAACUGUUCAAAAACAAGAAAUAAAAUAAUAGUAUUUUAAUAGUGGAAGGGACUCUUAAAAUCAUCUAAUUACAUUUUAUUCAUUUGCCAUUCAUUGAUUCUUAAGCUGAACUAGUUGUCAUAGGCAGUAGGCCUGAAUAUGAUUUGAAUAUGAUUUAAAAAUUUGUGUUAGUGAAAUAUUCUUUGGAUUGCAUCCAAUGUAUCUUACUCAUGAAGCCAGAGGAAAUUGCAGAACUUAUUUUGUUUCAGCUUUCUUAGUUUAGCUAAGAAAGAUCUAGAUAUAAAUAUACCAACAUUAAAAAUAUUAUAUACAUUCUUUCUAUCCCAAGAAUUUUUUUAUACUAGUAGGUAACUUAUUUGAUAAUAGGAAUUGCCUUGUUGAAAUCAGCCAUCUAACUAUAUUCCUAGAGAUGUAAUUAUUAUCUAGACUUUGAGCUUGCUUAAAAAGCCUUAUAGCAUUUUUAUAUUAACUUUUAAUAUUGUGUGUUCUGAAAAGCUAAGCAGUAGUUUUAGAAAUGUGAUACAUUUUUCCCAUCUAAUAUGUCUUUUAAACAAAAAGUUUACAAUAAUUGUUUAACUUGUAAAAUGAAAUAUUCUCAAAUUAUAGAAGUUAAAUGUGACGUUAAUUUUUUUUAACCUUGAGUAUGUAAAAACUACAGAUUGUUGGUUUUAGGUUUUUUGUUUUUAGUUGCAUUGGUGAUGUUUCUGCUGAACUCUAAAUACAUCUUGCCUUCUUUUGUUUGAAUUUUCUAAAGAAUAUAUACCCAUUCUCUGACGGGGAAGAAUCAUGGGUGUAAUUUUUUAAAAUGGACUUUUGUUGCUGAUUAACAAAUCCACUGUAGCUUAUUGAAUUUUUUAAGCCUUUAUAGUUAUCUUUGCUUUGUUUCCAUAAUUCUUUUUUCUAAAAAUAUUACAAGGUGAUUACCUUUCAAUUUUUAAAAAUAAAUAAAUAAAUAUAUACAUAUAUAUUUAGAAUUUGUUAAGAGUGACAAAGCUCCAACACUAAGAAUUAUAACACUAAAAAAAAACUUGAGUUUUUAUAAAAGUUAUCAAUAUCACAUGUGAAGAUUAUUUCUAUGGGACAUAUGUUCAAUGACAGAAAUAACAGUACUACCUUUUUCUAAUAAACUUUAUUAAAGAGGCUGGAAUGGUGGAAAUUUGAUUUUUCAAAAUAUAUCAAAGAGUUAUUAUAACAUGACUAGUAUAGUAUUGUGGCAUCAUGUGUAAAAUGGAUCUGUCUUGAACCUCAUCCAAGAAUUUUUAGUUUCCAGAAGGACCAAAGUCUCAUAACAUUAAUUCUGAAAACUACAUUACAAUAAGCCUCCAAUAUAAUACCUACUUAGAGAUUACUCUUUGAAAGAAAUUAAGUUAAAUCUUAAUUGGAAGUUCCUAUUUCAGACUUUAAAAAUAAGUCACUUGGAUGACUAAGUGUAAAAUAUAACACGAUAUUUUUCUCUAUUUGCAUGAUUGUCUUUUUUUUCCUAUUUCCUUGUUAAUGACUACCAUAAAAAGGACUUUGUUUUCCUAGAAGUACUGAUCAUACAAAGACGAUUCAAUUAUGUAUAUUGAUAACAAAUUUUUUAUUUUAACAUUCCCAUCUAUUAAGUGUAUUCUAUAUUUGGGGGAUGUAAACAGUGGACAGACCAAUGACGCCAUCAAGUAAUUUCUUUUCCAUUCAAGAUGUACAUUUAAAAGUCAUUUUAAACUAUUUAAUUGUGAUUUAAAAUUCUAGUUUUAAUAGACUGAUAAGUAUUCUUGUUAACAUCUAGAUAUUCAUUUUCAACUACAUAUUUUUUUCAGAGUUAACCGUAUAAUGUAUCAGACCUUUCUUUUUUUUUAUUGGCAGAUUUGUUAAGUUGGUGAAGGGUAGCUUGCUAGUGGUAUUUUUUUUAAAAAAAACAACAUGUAACAUGGCUUUCAUGAUAUUUUUAUAGUUCUUCAGAAUUACAGAUCUAUUUAAAAGGGGGAAAAUGCUUUAAGUUAGAUAGUUCUGCAUUUUCUUUAGUGUGCUAUAAAAUUAAGGUAAAAUAAAACAUUACAAUAUUUAUAAUAGUUUUAAAUUUUGCCUCAUGAAUUUAAUUAAUAAAAGUGUGAAUUGAA